AUGUCGCUCUCCAAACCGUCAAAAGAACCAACUCCCCCGCCGACGCCCCAAACCGAGCCUCAGGCGACCGACAUCCCACUUCCCGACUCGCCCAUGGUCCUUCCACCCGCUGAGUCUCCAUUCUGGACUGUUGUAGCUCAGGAGGCUCGUGACCUUGCUCGUACACUUCGUGCCAUCAACAACGACGAAGAUAAGAUCCGGGAUGAUCCUGAUUCCGUCAGCGAGAUGGACGCCGACAACACAAGCAUCCCCAAGCGUGAUUCAGCCACCGAAAAGCGCAGCGUGACUCCCUUGUCCGAAGCCAGUGAAGAGCAUCAAACUGUCGAGCUCGACGACGACACGAUUCAGGGCAAUCUUGAUUUCGUGAGCGACACAGGCCAUACCAACAGCCUCAAGCGCAACCCCACGUCCACAAGUGAAGAGCGCAGCAUCACCCCUCCACCCGACCAAACUAUGGACGAACAGGGCGAACCAUCAGAGCUGCCCGAACCUUUGCGCAACCUCCCAAAGAUUCCGGCUAUGCUAGCAAAACUGAGCCAAAGAAUCACUGACUUCGAAGCCGCUGAAGAAGCCGAAAACAACAGCACUUGCUCUGCACUUCUGGAGAGACAACAAAAGCUUCAUGACGCUACUUCUUCUCUUCUCCUGGAUGCACUGGCUGUUGCUUCUGUUGUCAUGGCUGAGGGACACUCGCAUGCAUCGAUCGAUCCAUCCCUGAUCCCGCUCCCAUCUGAUAAUGAGGAAGAAGACGAUAUUCAGUCGGAGGAGUCGGACGAGCAUACCCCGAGUUUGUCGCUGCCAUCCUUUACGAGAGGAAUUGGAGGUGGGGUUGGCACCGGCCAACAACAAGAUGACAUCUACGAAGAUGAUGCGCUUCUGGGUCUGGGCUCAACUGAUAUCCCUUUCCCGCCGUCGCUGACUGUGUCGGAAUACGAUUCGGAAUUUGAAGAGCAGGAAACCCCCAGCCUGGUCCCUCAGUUCAUCGCCGACAAUCUCGAGGCCCAGGGCAAAGACCACCACCUCCCUGACACAAUCCCCACGUGUACUGCCUACGACGACAUCGACUGGACGGACCUCCUUCCCGCUCCCGUUCCUGAAGACAGCUCAUCGACCAAGGCGGUACCAUCUUCAAGCUCAGACAUCAAAUCCUCGCUUGCCGUCCAAGUCGACCCAGCUGACGUCCCGCUGCCUGAGGAUGAUCCCUUUGGUGUUCCACGGGUUGUGGAUGAAGAUGAUGGCUAUGAACUUCCGGAUCAUUCGGACUUUGAAGCCUCGGGAGACCAUGGAGAUGGAGACCAUGGAACUCAGGAAAAUGAAAGUGACAGUUCGCAGUUGUUCGUUGAUGAUAGGAGCCCGCUGCCUGAUCGGAGGCAGCUUGUAAUCUCUACUUCGUCUGAAGAUGAGAGGGAGGCAAAUCUGGAGGAGUCACAUCCGAAGGGUGACGCCGAGGCCGAUGGUGAUGAUAGUCAGCCUGAAUCCUUGUUAGAAGAGACUGUGGUCGCAGAAGAGAAGAGGCCAAGCAAGGAGGAGAAGGGCAAGGGAAAAGCCGAGCAGCAGCCGGAGCAGAUGCUGUCCCCGCGUUCGCCAGUGUCGCCGUAUUCUUCGGUCGAGCAUCCUGUUGCUUUGGCACCGCCUAUCGCACCGGCGGCGCCAAUGGGAUCUGUAGCACCAAUUGUACCAGUUGCACCUUUUUCGCUGGAUCAUCAUAUGGGAGCUGAUCAGCUCCCACCAUCCCAGUCAGUGGUAAUCCCCGAACAACAACCCGAACCCGCCCCUUUCCCUCGAGGUACCCAAGGCCAGCCGACCACCCCGCCGACUGCACAUGUCCCUGUCUAUGUCGGCAAAGCGACAGAACCCAGACUGGAUCGUUACUCCCCACUACCCGCCCCUUCAUCCCCUUUACUCUCCCGCUCAUCCCCAUGCAGAGCAUACAAAUCCUCGCAGCCGCUACCGCGCGAGUCACUGCUGCACUCGGUUCCUUAUACCCCAGCGGUAGUGCCUUGGGAUGAACAGAAGGAUCUCCGUGGGCUGCCUCCGCUUCCCGAUCCCGAGCGUCUACCGACGUACACGCGAAUCUCGAAGACGACAGAUAACUCGAGGGUUAUGCCGAUGUGGUUUGAGGGGUUUAAUGCUCAAGAAUGGCUCCUCAUCGAGCCCUCCGCCAACAUCAUGUACCGCCGCAUCCGGAACCAGUGGCACCCCUCCCUCCCACAAUGGCCGCCAUGCAUCAUCGGUCCCACUCCCUUGAUCAUGGAACUCUCCCAAAUUGGCAAAGACGGUCUAGCCGGCGAAAUCAACAUCCUCCUCCACUGCGAGCGGUACUCCCCUCCGGGCUUCCUGCCGUGUCCACAACUCCGGUCCUUCACCAACUUCAUCCGCGACUGCUUGGCCUUGCAAAAUAUCCGCGGCAUCACGGUCCCCGACUUCCAGACUGUGCAUGAGUGCAAGAUCUGGCUUGAAACAGUCACCAAGAACGGCAGGAUGCUAUCCUUUAUGGCUCUGCACUGCCACGUCGAGCGCCUGCGGUCCGGUGUCUUGCCCGGUACGCACGAGUUUCUGGAUGCGAUCCGGGACAUGGGAUGCCAACUGGGCUGGAACGAAAACGUAUAUUUCUCCAAGACUUUGGUGUUGCAGGAGUUUAGACAUGUACCAAAGUACGACUCGACGUCGACGCCGUUUAGUCUGAGGGGGAAUCAACAAACUCAGAAUCUGGGCCAAUACUUUGGCUACGGCCAAGGCAAGACCACGGAUUAUUGCAUUGCGCUGAGGGAUGACCACCCUCACCUCAAUAUCAGAGUGACGCUUGCGGCGUUGAAUACCCUCAACUUUGAGUGGCUGAAGUGGGUAGGCCCGCCGGACGCCUGGGUCAAGACCUGGGAUCCUUGCGAUGAGGUGGUUGGGCCGCAAAGCAGGACGCGUCUUGCCCAAAUAAGACUGAGGAGAAAGGAUUUGUACGAUGAGUUCACGGCCCUAAACGGACGGGUCGACGGGUGGUUUGAGGAUCACCCUGAGCCGCCGAGGACUGCGCUUAUUGCGGGAGGUAUGGCAUCAAGACUUUGCGCUUGUCGUCAGUGCCAUUAUGCAAUCUGUCAUCAGCAGCACCAUGAUGAUGAGAGUGUGUGUGAGUGUGAUGAUGAGACACCCAGUUCAUCGGGUAAUUCUUCUCCGGGGAGGACUAGGCCGGGUGGUGAUGGGCUGCAACCGCUUCCCAGAUCGAGACCGCUUCCGGAUCCGCCCAGGCCAGGGUUCAGUAGCCUGGCAUAUGCGGAUGGAGAGAGCCUGUUGACAAAAGAAGAACUGACAAGUAUGCGUCGGGCCGAAGAAAUGAUGGACCGGAUGGACAGGAAAUUCGACAAAAACCUCGAGCAUUUGAACCCUCCCAAACGGCGAAAGACCGAGGCCGCUGCCGAAAGGGCUGAGGCAAUAGAUGCCGAGGCGGAGGAAGCGAAUCAGAAGGCCGCAGAGCCUGACACGAGGACCGAGGCGCAGAAGGAAAGGCAGCGCCGAAGGAACAGAAAGAAGAAGGAACAAGAAAAGGAGGCCAAGAAAAAGAAGGCCGCCAGGUCCGAAGUGGUCGCCGAAUCGAAGGCUCAGAUUCUUGAAUCCCUCAAGACCGGCGGGUUUGAUCGAGAGGCAAUUAAGAAUGUGGUCAAUGAGACCAUGGCAAAGAUUGGGCCGAAGCCAGGUGCUCCCGAGGACAAGUCCAGAGGUCAGGCCCUUGCAAAUAAAGGCGAUCUGAGCACAGAGGAGGUGGCUCACUAUCGCAAUUAUACGAAGUCUCUUUAUGCCGACCAUCUCAAGCGCAAGGAGGCAGGUGAGAGUACCAAGCUUUUUGGCAAGUUUGAGGUCCCGGCCGAUAUUUCCGAAGAGGGUUUCUUCGAUUUCUUCCUCAAUAAUCUUGGCAUUGUUGAAACCGACGACAGGGGUGCUUUUGCGAUUAUAGAAGAGGGCACUGGAGGUCAAGACUUGCUUGACAGCAAGUGUGGCGGAUGCAUCCCCGAAGACGCACACCAAGAUGCUGUUGACAAUGAGCUUGGACAAGCUAGCAUCAAACCCUCGCCAGUCAACGAGCAGGAUGUGCCUGCAGAAACAGUCAAACAUCAGCCAAAGAACGUUCACUCAACAGCAGGCCCUUCCACACACGAUGUUCCGGAUCACGAUACCGACGGCGUUGUUCAACCAAAGCAACUCGGCAACAUCGCCUCAGCAGAUAUUGCACAGCCUUCUCCAGAGCAGCCCGCCGGUCCUGAAGCUACUCCCAAAGCCGCCCCUAACGAUACAACCGCCGCCACUCCCAAUAUCGCCCCUACUGAUACUUCCACCCCUUCCCACGACUUACCUAACCAUGACGCCAAUUCCACCUCCAACCCGCCUCCCUUCGACAGGUCUAAAGAAGCCUCCAAAGCCAAGAAGGAGCGCCGCAAGCUCCGCAAGCGUCUCGACCGCGAAAAGGAAGAAGCCCGCCUUCGCGAACAAGCAGCGGCGCGCGAAGAGCUCCGUCGCCAAGCCGAAGCCCGCCACCAAGCCGAACUCGACCAGAAAGUAGCUGAAGCCCAAAGGAAGCUCGAUGAAGAGAAGGCUCGGCGUUUGGAGCAGCAUCAGAAAGAGGAGAUUGCUCGGUUGCAACGGGUCAAGGAAGAGGAGGCUCAUUUGCAGAAGGUCAAGGAGGAAGAGGCGAAUAGGAAGGAGGAAGAUAUGAGAAAGAGGGAGGAGGAGGAGCGGUUGGCUGAAGAGGAGAAGAAGAGGCAGGAGGAAGAGAGGAGGAAAGAUGAGGAGAGGCAGAAAGAGGAGGAACGGAUUGCUGAGGAAAAGAGAAGGCAGUUUGAGGAGGAGGCUAGGCUGCAAGCGGAGAAGGAGUGGUAUGCCAAGGAGGAGCAGAGGAAGCUCAAGGAGGCCAACCAGAAAGAGGAAGCCAGACGGAUCGCCUUGGAAGCCAAGCAGAAGGCGGGACUUGAAGCCAGGCAAAAGGCUAAGCUAGAAGCUAUACGGUUGGCUGAGAUGGAGGCCAAACGUAAAGCUGAAGAAGAGCGAGAAGCUGAGCAGAAGCGGAAGGCCGCCGAGGCCAAGCGCAAGGCCGACGAGGCAAAGAAGGCCGCCGAGGAGGUCAAGAAAAAGGCCGAGGAAGUUCGUCGUCAGGCGGAAGAGGAAGUCAGGCUUAAGCAAGAGGAGGAAGCCAAGCGCAAAGCCGAGGAAAAGAAACGCCAAGCUGAAGUGAAACGACUGGCUGAGAAAAAGCGGAAGGCCGAAGCCGCUCGCCAGGCCGAAGAACAGCAGAAGGCGGAGCUCAAGCGACAAGCCGAAGUGAAACGCCUUGCCGAAAAGAAACGGAAAGCGGAUGAAGCCGCUCGACAAGCUGAGGCCGAACUGCACGCCGAACUGCAACGCCAAGCAGAUGAAGCCGAACGUAGAGCCCAAGAAGCUGCACAAAAAGCUAGAGCCGCUCUCCAGGCCGAACUUCAACAGGAAGCUAGGCAGCGCAAAGCCGCGGAAGCUAAGAAACGCGCGGCCGAGGCAAAGAAGAAGGCUGUUGAGGAAGUUGAGCGUCGUCGUCUGGCUGAUCUGGAAGCUGCUGCUCGUCGAGCCAAGGAGGAGGAGCAGCGUCGGCUCAGGGAGGAGGCCGAGCGGUUGAAGAGAGAAGCUCAGGCCGUCCGCAAGGCGGAAGAGGAGGCUAUUCGUAGGGCGAUGGAGGAGGCGAGGGUUAGACGGGAGGAGGAGGCUAGAAUUCGGCGUGAGAAGGAGGAUGUUGAGAGAUUAAAGAAGGAGGUAAAGGAAGCUAGAGAGAGGGCCAAGAGGGAGGAAGCAAUGAAGAAAGCUGCCGAUGAGGUCAAACGCCGGAAGAAAGCUCAACGUAAGGCGGAGGCAGAGGCCAAGCGGAAGGCCGAAGCUGAAGCUGCUCAGGUCAAAGCUGAAGGCGAGGCAAAACUUGGACAGAUGUUGGGGAUUCAGCAGGUUGACAACUCCCUAACACUGGCUGAGCAAAAAGCCACGCCCUUCCACGAACAGCAGAUGCUCCUCCAAGAAGCCUGGCACCAGAUCGACGAAUCCCUCAUUCUCUCCCAACAGGCGCAUAACUCCCUUCUUCGUGCUCAGCACCACAACUCUGAGGCCUUCCGCCAACUCGGAGAAGCCGACCUUCUUCUCUCGCUCUCGCAGGACGUCUCGCAAGACUGCCAAAAUCCCCAAGAUAGUCCAAAUCUGAUCUUGGCCCGGCUUCGCUUCGACGAAGCCAUCCUUCAAGCCCAAGAAGGCUACCGUCUCCUCCAAGAAGCAUGGGACUACCACGAUUCUUCAACUCGCACCGCCGAGCAAGGUCAUCGUUUGCUAGUGGAAGUCAGCCACGAUGGAGAAUACGAACGGUCAGCCGCGCAGUACUCUUUAGUGGAGGCACGCCAUCAAAAUGACGAGGCAUUUCGGAGGGCGGAGGAAGGUCGCAGCGUACUCGAGAAGGUGUUUACAGAGAUGGGAAUUCCUCUUCACCAUGAGAAGAAGGAGGGACAGCCACUUGCCGACCGUGACACCCAUAUUCCCGGGCAAGAACCCGGCACCAUCCCCAUCACCGCCCCUCCCGCCACUCACCACCAGCUGUCUGACCCGGAAGCCGACGCCGAUACCGAGACUGCGUCCUCCAGCUUCGAGAGCAUGUCUACCACCACAAGCGGUGACCAGUCGGAAGCUCCAACCGACAACCGUCCCUACGAAGAGCGCCUAGCGGCCUUCAUCAAUAAUCAACUCCUCACCUAUGGCGUUUGGGACCCGGAGUCAUUUUAUGUUCGGUAUGACCCGCGCAACCCAAAUGGUCCGCGGGCGCAUGAGAUGCCAGUGAUGAGUGAGAGAGAGCGCCUUGGGGAUGCUGCUGGCAGCGGCGCAAUGCGUGCGAAGGAGGCGUGGUGGUGA